CUUUGCAUUCAAUAGAAAGGAGCAGCCAGAGGAGGAGGAAGGUGUCUGCGAUCGAGGGUGGUUCGAUCGGUGGCUCUGGGCAGCAGGAUGAGGAUGCGAUGAUGGCGUGCAACAUUGUGGUCGAGUGGCUGCGCUCGCUGCAGCUGCAGCAGUACUCGGACAGCUUCCUGGACAACGGCUACGACGACCUCGAAAUCUGCAAGCAGGUCGGCGACCCCGACCUCGACGCCAUCGGCGUGCUCAAUCCGCAGCACCGUCACGUCCUUCUGCAAUCGGUUCGGUCACUGCGAGAAGAGGGAGCAGCUUCAGUUUAUUUCACUCUUGAGCCCAAAGAUGAGGAAAUAUCCUCACCUGGCGAGGCAACGUCGCCCAUAGGAGCAGCUUCGGCUGCAGACAGAUCGUACGCUGACGAGUACGAAGAGGGAAAAGCCGAACUCGUCAGAAUUCCCAAGAUGCAAUUGAAGCUCUUGUUGAGGGAAAAACUGGCCCAAGAUGGAGUUCGACUCAGCUUCCAACCAUACUCAACAGCUAGCGGCGAGAGAGGUUAUUUGGAGGGUUUGGCCUCUCGUUAUGCGGACCGUUUCAACACUCACUACCAAGACGUGUUGGAGCACCUAGAGGAGCUUCGCAGGCAGGAGUGGGACGACUUGUCCCCCAGGAUGAGUGUGGUGCAGUCCAACUUGUCCACUCCUGGCACUCCGCCCUUUCCGGGACCCCUUUUGUUGGCUUCGUCAGGCGGAGGCGGUCUCUACGCACCGGGAAAAUAUUCGACCUCUGGUGUGCAGCCCUCCAGUUGUCUAAGCGAUAAAGAGGAAGACGAGAUAUAUGGUUUUGGCUACGGCAUUUAUGGCCGGCAGAUGCUGCAGAGGCAGCAGCAGCAGUUGGCGGCUCAAACCGCAGCUCCUAUUUACCAAAGUUGUCUCAGCCCCAGGUCUGCCUACUUCUACGAGUUUCCUCCUGGAGACAAUGCUUCGUCUUCGAAAAAGAAAACUACCUUCUCCCGACUGCUCCGCACCCUCCGCCCCCAUCGCAAGGAGAAACACAUCCCGCAGGUUUCUCCCACCAACAGGCAGCAACCGAGGUCUAUCAUGCCUCCAUGCACUUCAGUGGUUCCUCCGACAGUCAACGUGUCCAGUAGAGUCAGCACCCCGGACGAACCUGUGCCUCCAGACUACGACCAUGUUCGUCUGAUUCAGAUCAACAGAGGAGGUGCUGGAGGUUUUGAGGAAACCAUCCAAAGAUUGAAAAUGCAAGACGCAAUCAAAAAGAAGGAAAGAUUUCAUAAAGAGCAAGAAGAGAUUUUGAGAGACAUCAGACAUGGUUUGAUGCAAAUUGGUUUGAACACCACUCCAAGCACGGCCUCCAUUCCGCACUACCCGUCCGUGUCUGAUGACACUUACAUGUACGACGAUGACAUCCAGCAGCAACCCCAGCAGCCGCAGAAGGUGCAGAGGCCCAGACCCCCACUUCACUGGUAUGAUGAACCUCCCUACGAGUCGGACCCCGAGGACUUCCUCAUGGGAGGUCUGGCCGCAAGCAGAGCUGUCUUUCAAAACGGAAGGGUUUGCUUCACCCUGAAUCUUAAGCAAGAACCGCGAGGUGAGGGAGUGAUCUCUCUUCGAAGUGCGGGCGACAUAUCUGUACCAAAGGAGGCGUCCUGGCGCCGAGGAGCAAGGCCAAAGAGAAUUUUAAACAGGGAGAGUGGUGACUAUGCCGGCAGUGAUAUACACAGUGUUGGCUCUAGACUGUCUACAAUCUCAGUCGAGACAAAUCGAUCUGAGCAGGAAGGAAAGACAAGGAGUCAUUCAAGUGAGGAAGCACAGUCACCAAACGGUCCCUCGGACAACGAGGAUGGUAGUAAGGCCAGUAGAAGUAUGAGGCAUGACAAGAAGCGGCUCCGAGCAUGUGAGGCGACGGAUAAAGAGAAUCGCUCAGACAAUGGCGAACACCAAAGACACCAAUUCAGAACCAAGAACACUGUGGAGUAUCCACCUAGCAUUGGAAAGGCCAAGGCUUUGGUUGACUGCGUGCCCAGCCCAUAUGACAAAGAGUCUCUCCGCUUCAAAAAGGGCGACAUCAUUGACAUUAUCUCAAUGAAUGUGAGUGGCAACUGGAAGGGAUAUGCCCAUGGCCGCAUCGGGACUUUCAAAUUCAUCCAUGUCGAGCUGAUCAGUGCAGCGCCAGGGCCAAUUGGACCAGUCAUUGGGAGGAAGGGCAGCCGAGGUGGAAUGAAAGAGAAGCCAAAGAACGUUGAGGAAUUGCUCCGCAGGGUCAAUAUGGAGGCUUUCACUUCACUAUUUGUCAUGAAUGGAUACGAAGAUUUGGAGCUUUUCAAAGAACUUGAAGAGUCUGAUCUGGAUUUUUUGGGCAUCCGCAAUGCAGAUCUGAGAGCAAAAGUUUUAGCAGCUGUGGCAAUCCUAAUGGAAUACGAAUCUCCAUCAGAAUCUGGUGAUGAAGCUUCCAGCUCUGACAGCUCUGCUCGUUUGUCACAGUCAGGCAAAGUUCCAUUCAAGCGACUUGAUCUUGGCCGAGACUCUGGCUGUUACGCCUCCAGCAACGAACAACCCUCUGCUGGACCAUCUAGUGAAAAACCAGCAGAUCUGGACAAGCGACCUGUCGAGGCACCACGAAGCGCGACGGCCAGUCCUCGAAGUCGAUCAGCCAGUGCGGCUGUGGCCUCUGCCCUUGCAGCCGCCUCUCUGGCCGCAGCCCAGUCCAAGGAGAAGCAGCAGACAGUUCCUAGGACGCCGAGUUACGACUUUCGGGCCGAGUACGACAAACUGAAAGGCAAGUUAGAGGCGUCUUUGACAAAAGGGCCACUGGCGGCCGAUGGCCAGAAAGCCGAAUCAGCUGUGGCUGCCGGAAUCCGCUGCUUCAGCGAAAAGAGCAGCGACUCUGGCAUCAGUUCGAGCUCCAGAUCGCCACCCCCAGCUACCCAGGUCAUUGUCAGUCCCACAACGAAGCCGGAAAAACCGGAAGCUUAGACAUAUCGUAGGAAACGAAUCUCUAACGAGUCCCUUUUGAGAUUUUAACUCUUAAACAUCAAUUCGAUUGCUCGGUGCUUACUUUUUUGGACAGCACACUGGAAGUGGCAGUCUUUUCUAACUAUAACUCUAACUCGCAACUACAUAACAUAUUGUAUUUUUUACUCAAGAUUUUGGUUUUUCGUCUCUUUCGUUGCAGCGCGUUUAUAUUUUUACAGUGAUUCUUGCAGAAGUUUGUGAUGUCCAAAUCGAGUGCACGAGCCAAUCUCAUUUAGCUGGCCCAAUAGCAGCCUUUGACAUAUGUGUUUAGGUGGAUGUGUAUCACAAUUCAUAGGAGAGCCACCAGUUUUAGACAAACAAAAGUGCGGAUCGACUAUCGAUUUUAAAACUCUAACCAAACGUAGUCUUCCUUUUCUACAUUAUAAGCCUUAUUCUCUACAUUCUUGGCGCCUUCCAGCCAACGUAUCAAGUCUAUCGCAUUUGCAUUUUUAAAUAUAUUUAUAUUUUGUUUUUGAGGGCAAUAAUUUGUGGUUAAAGGACCAUCUUAGUCAUCUGCGGAUCAAAUCAUUCCAUAAUCCACCUUUUUUUAUCUCAAAAUCUACUUAUUUUAAAAUUUUAAAUUUUUAUCGGUGACGAGGAUAUUUAUUACUUAAUUUGUACUGGAAGAAGUCGGUCUUGAACUAAAUUAUAAAUUGAAAUUGUAGCACGGUGGCCACAACUCAACGCACUAAGACCCCGAAUUGAAACGCACGCAUUAGCAAGCCCCCCAAAAUCACGUCAUGAAACAUAAAAAAAUAUUUAUUUACCAAGUACCUGAGUAGCCAAUAUUUUAUCAACGCGUAUAACCUUUUGUGUAUUGCAGUAUUACUAAUAGUUUUCAUCAAUCGUAUCAGUAGCUAGGCAAGAAAAAAAAUAAGUAACAGUAGCUACGUUUGCUAUAAGACCCCUCUGUGCCAAACAAAUAUUUGCAUUAAUCCGUUUGUAAGAAAGACUUUUCCAUCUGAGCAUGUCGAUAAUCGGAGCUGAAAAGUGAACAAUUUUUCCAUCAGUAUUAUAUAUAUUUUAAAUCAAAGAGAAACGAAAAUCAUUUUCAGUUCCGAAAUCAGACGACCUUUCAUUUGCAAUACCCCGCUUUUAUAAUUAAUUAAGAACAACCCCAAGAGUAGUUUUAGUUUUUAUUUGAGUACAAGAAGAAGUCUGCUUCCCCCUCCCAUGAACGCAAUAAUAGAGAAAGGAGUAUAGUAAUUUUAAGGAGAAACGAGAAGUCUUUGAUGGAAAGUCAUCUGAUUGCGAGGACCCCGCCAUCCCAUUGUAGGUGACCAUCAAAUCAGACGCACUUUGAACAUGAAUUGAGCUUUAUUUUCGAAUAAAAUUGAUGUAUAAAAUUAAAGUACUCUUAAAGAGGAUUGAAAAUUGGAUUGUACAGAUAUUUAUUGCAACUUAUCGUAAUUAUAAUAAUUAGUGACGUAACUCAAAUAAUUUCAAAGUGCGCUCGAAUGAAAUUCUUCCAAACUGAUACAACAAAAAAUACUAGUACGCGCAUCUCACCAGAGACAUCAAUACGCAUCAAUCGAUCGAUUUUCAUUGAUGUUAACGCAUUGUGAACGCCUUUUGUACUCGAUUAUUUAAUACCUGUAAGGAGAAUGAAGAAUAAAUAAAGAGAAACACACGUCUCAGUUCCUAUGCAAAAUAA